GGGCUGGCAGCAGCGGCCGCCCGCACUGCGCCCCCGGCGCCCGCCCUCGCCGCAGCUCCCGGUGCCGCCGCCUGGCCGGCCUCCCGCGGGCCCUGCCUGGCCAUGGCCGCGGCCUCCUCCCCGCCCAGGCCCGACAAGAAGCGCUGGGGCUGCGGCCGCCUGCCGGGCUCCCGGCGGGGCAGCACGGGCCUGGCCAAGAAGUGUCCCUUCUCACUGGAGCUGGCGGAGGGCGGCCCGGCGGGCGGCGCGCUCUACGCACCCAUCGCGCCGCCCGGCGCCCCGGGGCCCGCGCCCCUCGCGCCCUCCGCCGCGCCCCCGACCGCCGCCGACCUUGCCGCGCGGCCGCCGGUGAGCCUCGACCCGCGCGUCUCCAUCUACAGCGCACGCCGCCCGCUCCUCGCGCGCACCCACAUCCAGGGCCGCGUCUACAACUUCCUCGAGCGCCCCACCGGCUGGAAGUGCUUCAUCUACCACUUCGCUGUCUUCCUCAUCGUCCUGGUCUGCCUCAUCUUCAGUGUGCUGUCCACCAUCGAGCAGUACGUCGCCCUGGCCACAGGGACCCUCUUCUGGAUGGAGAUUGUCCUGGUGGUGUUCUUUGGGACGGAGUACGUGGUCCGUCUCUGGUCAGCAGGCUGCCGCAGCAAGUACGUAGGCAUCUGGGGGAGGCUGCGCUUUGCCCGGAAGCCCAUCUCCAUCAUCGACCUCAUCGUGGUCCUGGCCUCCAUGGUUGUCCUCUGCGUGGGCUCCAAAGGGCAGGUGUUUGCCACCUCGGCCAUCAGGGGCAUCCGCUUCCUCCAGAUCCUGAGGAUGCUGCACGUGGAUCGUCAGGGAGGUACCUGGAGGCUGCUCGGCUCCGUGGUGUUCAUCCACCGCCAGGAGCUCAUCACCACCUUGUACAUCGGCUUCCUGGGCCUCAUCUUCUCGUCAUACUUCGUGUACCUGGCCGAGAAGGAUGCCGUGAACGAGUCGGGCCAAGUGGAGUUUGGCAGCUACGCGGAUGCCCUGUGGUGGGGGGUGGUCACGGUCACCACCAUUGGCUACGGAGACAAGGUGCCCCAGACAUGGGUCGGGAAGACCAUCGCCUCCUGCUUCUCUGUGUUCGCCAUCUCCUUCUUCGCGCUCCCAGCGGGGAUCCUCGGCUCCGGCUUUGCCCUGAAGGUCCAGCAGAAGCAGAGACAGAAGCACUUCAACAGGCAGAUCCCGGCGGCAGCCUCGCUCAUUCAGACGGCCUGGAGGUGCUACGCGGCUGAGAACCCCGAGUCCUCCACCUGGAAGAUCUACGUGCGCAAGCCCGCUCGGAGCCACGCAUUGCUGUCCCCCAGCCCCAAGCCCAAGAAGUCUGUCAUGGUAAAGAGAAAGAAGUUCAAACUGGACAAGGACAAUGGGGUGAAUCCCGGAGAGAAGAUGCUCACGGUCCCCCACAUCACGUGCGAGCCUGUCUCAGAGGCACGGAGGCCAGACCACUUCUCCGUGGACAACUGUGACAGCUCUGUGAAGAAGAGCCCCAUGCUGCUGGAGGUGAGCACAGCCCACUUCGUGAGAACCAAUAGCUUUGCCGAGGACCUGGACCUGGAGGGGGAGACGCUGCUGGCGCCCAUCACCCACGUGUCACAGCUGCGGGAGCACCACCGGGCCACCAUCAAGGUCAUUCGGCGCAUGCAGUACUUUGUAGCCAAGAAGAAAUUCCAGCAAGCGCGGAAACCCUACGACGUGCGGGACGUCAUCGAGCAAUACUCCCAGGGCCACCUCAACCUCAUGGUGCGCAUCAAAGAGCUGCAGAGAAGGCUGGACCAGUCUAUCGGGAAGCCCUCCCUCUUCAUCUCCGUCUCAGAGAAGAGCAAGGACCGCGGCAGCAACACCAUCGGGGCCCGCCUGAACCGCGUGGAAGACAAGGUGACACAGCUGGACCAGAGGCUGGUGCUCAUCACAGACCUGCUUCACCAGCUUCUCUCCCUGCACCAGGGCGGCCCCCCAGGCGGCCGGCCCCCCAGCGAGGGGGGUGCCCAGGCUCUGCAGCCUUGCAGCACCAUCAGCCCCGAGCUCUUCCUGCCCAGCAACACCCUGCCCACCUAUGAGCAGCUGACUGUGCCCCGCAGGGGCCCCGACGAGGGGUCCUGAUGGGGGCUUGGAGCCCCAGGCCUGCGAGGGCAGGGCCGGAGGAGCUGUUCAGCCUGGCCCACCUCCCACCCAGCAGGGGCACCCCACCCCACAGGUCACCGGC